UAUCUGAUGGUGCUCUGCUGCUUGUCAGCCGUGGUGGAUUUUUACUGAUUUUUCCAGAGUAGAAGACAAUUUCAGCUUGUUCCCCGAUAGCUUAGGGAUUGUCUCCUAUCAGCAAGUGGGCCCUUUUUUGGACCGCGGAAGUGUGCCGUGUGUUUGCUUUUCGAAAGUUUAGCAGUCGUCCUCGGAAAGGCAGCAACAGUCAUGGGAGAGAUCCGGGACUGGCGUCCCUUUGUUUACGGUGGAGUGGCCUCCAUAACCGCGGAAUUUGGAACUUUCCCUAUCGACACAACAAAGACACGGCUGCAAAUCCAAGGUCAGCGCAUCGAUCAAUCGCUGGUGGAGCUAAAAUACCGGGGCAUGACCGAUGCCUUCGUCAAAAUCAGUAAGCAGGAAGGCAUCAAGGCACUGUAUUCUGGCAUUUGGCCCGCUGUUCUGAGGCAAGCCACUUACGGUACCAUUAAGUUUGGCACCUACUACACGUUGAAAAAGGUGGCCAGCGAACGGGGUUGGCUGCUGGAUAAGGCCGGCAACGGAAAUCUCUGGUGCAAUGCGGCCUGUGCCACCUUUGCCGGUGCUUUUUCCAGCGCCAUUGCUAAUCCAACCGAUGUGCUGAAGGUGAGGAUGCAGGUGCACGGGAAGGGAACCGAAAACGUUGGGCUGGUGCACUGCUUCCGGGAGAUUUACGUCCACGAGGGUGUCGCGGGAUUGUGGAGGGGUGUUGGGCCAACGGCUCAGCGAGCAGCUGUGAUAGCGGCAGUUGAACUGCCGGUGUAUGAUUUCUGUAAGCUUCAUCUGAUGGAAACUUUCGGUGAUCAGGUGGCGAAUCAUUUUAUAUCAAGUUUUAUUGCUAGCUUAGGAAGUGCAGUUGCAUCUACGCCAAUUGAUGUAAUCAGAACCCGUUUGAUGAAUCAACGUCGGGUGCAUCUGCGGGUGCACAACAUCGGCCUGGGUGGUGGCGUUGGUUCCGGUGGAGGAGGAGGAGGCGGCGGCGGCGGCGGCGGUGGAACAGGUAGCAGUGCCGUAGGCGUUGGUGGCGGCAGGGUCGUUGGCACGGCCACCGUUUCCACCAGCGCCGGUCACAAAAUCUACGCCGGUAGUUUGGAUUGUGCCAUCCAGACCGUUCGCCACGAGGGCUUCCGGGCACUGUACAAAGGCUUCGUGCCGACCUGGUUCCGGAUGGGUCCCUGGAACAUCAUCUUCUUCAUCACGUACGAGCAGUUGAAGCAGUUCUACUGAACUUUUUGCACUUAGCAUCAACAGGAUCAAUCACUGAAUGAAGGAUGACGAUAAUCGAACAAAACUAUAUGCUAUAUGGUAAAGCUAACGAUAGGCUAUUCGAGUUAAUUGAUACCUAACCUUUGAUUGUAAGUAGAACAAUGAAUCUUGUGUUAAACUGUAAGAGAACUAUCCAAAAAUCAGAAUCUUUUGCUUUCUGAGAAUCAAUGUUAUAACAUUCGCAUACCCAAGCGGGGUAGCUUUUGAUGAAGGCAUUUGUUUUUUUUUUAGAUAAUUUUAGACUAGAAAUUUUGUUCCAAGUUUUAAUUUUACCAAAGGUCUCAUUG